AAGUUGCUGCCCUGCUAUUAAAGAUGGUAGCCAGUUAAGAGUCGAGCUAGUAGCUUUUAAGCAAGAUAUUCAUCUCAAUAUAAAACAAUACAGCGCCGUAGAAAAUGACCAUUAGUCGAAACUGACGAGAUACAGCCUACCUGCCUUUCCACGUGGAAGAAAACGGGGGACAGAGACUUGCUAACUACGUAGUUGGCUUUUCUACAAGGAAUCUGGUGUAUGGACUUCCUGCUGUCUUCUUCUACUACAGGUCAUCUAAAGUGUAUGGACUUCCUGCUUUCUUCUUCUACUACAGGUCAUUUACAGUGUAUGGACUUCCUGCUGUCUUCUUCUUCUACAGGUCAUCUAAAGUGUAUGGGCUUCCUGCUAUCUUGCCAUUGACUGCAUUGUUGUUGUUCCCAACAGCAGGACAACAUGAGUGGAGAGAGGGAAACAUUGUUGGAUGAAAUCGAACAGACUUUAAACUGUCUAACCAAGGACAAUUUACUUUACCUGUGUGAACGCUGUGGAAUAGAUGGCUCCCAAGUUACAGGAAAGAACCAUCGCUCGUUGCGCCGUAAAAUCUUGGAGGAAAUGUGGGAAAAUGCAGAUUCGGUCAAAUCGGAGGAGCAGGGAAUGUCUUGGUUACUCCGACUGAAAGAUGACAUCAGAAAGAUACAGGAAGAAUCUACUGUGUCACCCAUGAGUCACAGCCAGUCUGAUGAUGAUGCUACAGACUGCGAUGAAGAAUGGGACAUGGAAAACAAGGAUUGGUUUCUUAGCAACGGGCUGGAGGCAGCUCCAGAGAACCACACCCCAGAGCAGUGGCAGAGGGGUGACACGUCUCUCCCACCCGCCUCCCCUCUCCCCGAGUCCCCAGGUCCUGCCUCUCCCGCUAGCACAUUACUACUGGGUUUGAAGAGGGUGUCUGUGCGGCUGGUUGACUGCAGGAAAACACUGGAGCUGAGUGGAACUACGAGAGUAGGAGGAGAAGAGAAGGGAUAUGGAGAUUCAGAUUCGACGUCAUCAAGUAGGAACAAUGGGGACAACCCUAACUAUCGCUCGCUCAGUGGGAAGAACUUAUCAUCUGGGAAGGCUCCAGGGUUGAAAGUGAUCCAGCGACCUUAUAGCUGUCAUGUAUGUGAGAAGAGUUUCACUCAAUCAGGAAACCUACGACGGCACCAAAGAGUACACACAGGAGAGAGACCAUAUGUCUGUCUUAUAUGUGGAAAGAGUUUCCGUAUGUCAGGAACACUGACUAGACACAAGAGAACACACACAGGAGAGAAACCAUAUGGCUGUCCUAUAUGUGGAAAGCGUUUCCGUACAUCAGGACAAUUGACUAUACACAAGCGAACACACACUGGAGAGAAACCUUAUAGCUGCGAUCAAUGUGGGAAGAGUUUUACUCAAGCUUGUUCCCUGACUGAACACAAGCGAACACACACUGGCGUGACGUUCCACUGCUCAGACUGUGAGAAGAGCUUCCCUACAUCAGUGAAGUUGAAACGGCACCAGCAAACACACACAGGAGAGAAACCUUAUCGCUGUGAUCAAUGUGGGAAGAGUUUUGCGAGAGCUUAUUCCCUGACUGAACACAAGCUAACACACACAGGAGAGAAACCAUAUGUCUGUGAUCAGUGUGGGAAGAGAUUUACUAACUCAGGAACACUGACUUUACAUAAGCCAACACACACUGGAGAGAAACCUCGUAGCUGUGCUAUAUACAGCUGUAAGCACUGUGAGUGGAGUUUUGCUCAUUCAGAAGACCUAGCAAGACACCACCAGAGAAAACACAUGUGGGAGGGUAUUCAUGUCUGUGAUCAAUGUUGGAAGAGUUUUGCUAGUUCUGGAGACCUGAAUAUACACAAGCGUAUACACACAGGCGAGAAACAAUAUGUCUGUGAUCAGUGUGGAAAGAGUUUUUCUAGUUUGGGAAACCUGAAUAUACACAAGCGUAUACACACAGGCGAGAAACCAUAUGUCUGUGAUCAAUGUGGGAAGAGCUUUGCUUCAUCGGGAUUCCUGACUAAACACAAGCAUAUACACACCGGAGAGAAACCUUACAGUUGUGAACAGUGUGAGAAGAGAUACAUUUCCAAAGGAGAGUUGAGAACCCACCAGCUUGUACACCCCAGACAGAACUCUCUUUUCCUGUGCGAUCGAUGUGGGAAGAGCUUCACACACAUGGGAUCCCUGAAUGUACACAUGCGUAGGCACACAGGAGAGAAACCCUACCGCUGCGAUCAAUGUGGGAAGAGCUUUAUUCAGCCAGUAGAAUUGAAAAUGCACCAACGAGUGCACACUGGAGAGAAACCCUACAGCUGUGAUCUAUGCAGGAAGAGAUUCGCUCAGUCAGGACUGCUGACUGUACACAAGAGAACACACACUGGAGAGAAACGUUAUAAAUGUGACAUAUGUGGGAAGAGAUUUGCUCAGUCAGGAAACCUGAAGAGUCAUCAGAAAACCCACACAGGCAGAGAGAGAACCCGCCCAGGCGGAGAGAGAACCCGCCCAGGCGGAGAGAGAACCCGCCCAGGCGGAGAGAGAACCCGCACAGGCGGAGAGAGAACCCGCACAGGCGGAGAGAAAAUCCACACAGGUGGAGAGAGAAGUCUUUCAGACAGAGGACUGAAUCACCUCCACACCUCCAUCCUCUCAGGCAUCAGUUCUCAGGAUCCCUCUGUCGACUCUGGGCAAACAUCACAGGAUCCCUCUGUCGACUCUGGGUAAACAUCACAGGAUCCCUCUGUCGACUCUGGGCAAACAUCACAGAAUCCCUCUGUAGACUCUGGGUAAAAUAGCCCACUUUGUAUUCCAUAUACAGUGUACAUUGCAUGGAGGCGGCAGAGGACGAAGUGCUGCUGGAUAUGUACGACACAGUCCCCCCUCAAGUAAUAUUGGUUAGUAUUUUGUUACAAUACGAAUAUCCGUAAGUGAUUUUAAUAUGCGUUUGUGCCUGACCAUGUCCACCGGGAAUGUUUAUUGGUGGCUAUGUUUUGUUUUAAAGUGGCCAUGUUUUGUUUUAAAGUGACCAUGUUUUAAAUUACUAGACUAGAAUAUAUUGCCUUACGAGAAUUUUGUCCAUAGAGGGACACCAUUAUCAAGUUUCCUGCAGAUUCAGUCAUUCGGUUGCAGAGGAGUAACGUUUUAAGGGUUUUUCACUCAAUUCAAAGUGGCAGAAAAUCCAUCAUGGCGGUCCUUAUGGUUCUCUGAGGCACAUGUGUUCCUUUUUUUUUACCCCCUUUUCUCCCCAAUUUUGUGGUAUCCAAUUGGUAGUCGUUACAGUCUUGUCUCAUUGCUGCAACUCCCAUACGGACUUGGGAGAGGCGAAGAUCGAGAGCCAUGCGUCCUCCAAAACACAACUCAACCUAGCCGCACUGCUUCUUGACACAACGCACAUCCAACCUGGAAGCCGCACCAAUGUGUUGGAGGAAACACAGUACACCUGGCGACCUGGUCAGCGUGCACUGCGCCCGGCCCGCCACAGGAGUCGCUAGUGCGCGAUGAGACUGCAUCGCAGUGCAUCGGCCAAACCCUCCCUAACCCGGACGACGCUGAGCCAAUUGUGCAUCGCCCCAUGGGCCUCCCGGUCACGGCCGGCUGCGGCAGAGCCUGGGCUCGAACCCAGAAUCUCUGGUGGCACAGCUAGCUAGACCACUGCACCACCCGGGAGGCCCGCAAAUAUGUUCCUUGUGAGUAGAAGGAUCUAUAUCCUGCAUUUCAUGACUUUAGGUCAAACGGGGUGAAGGGCGCGAUCUUUCAAAGUUUGCAUUUUCAAUCUCUUGUUAUAGCGCCACCGUCUGGUCAAUCAGUGUGAUCUCUAAAUGGCAGGACGCAUCAUUCACCCAAGUUUUGUCAAAAUCGGGCCAGUGGUGUCGGAAAUCGUGUGUAAACAUACCUGAACAUGUACAAACGGAUCAACAUGGUGCUUUCCAGAUAACUGGGAACUCUGUUGGGAGGGGAGGGGCAAUGUGUUCCAGAUGAGGUCAUGACAUCGGUGAUCUAUAACGGCUGAAACAUGCAAUAGGAGUGUGUUCCUAUGCUUAGACGUUGCUGACUACUGACAGCUCUUAAAAUGCCUGGAUAGGUAUUUCACCUAUCAGCUCUUACAAUGCCUGGAUAGGUAUUUCACCUAUCAGCUCUUACAAUGCCUGGAUAGGUAUUUCACCUAUCAGCUCUUACAAUGCCUGGAUAGGUAUUUCACCUAUCAGCUCUUACAAUGCCUGGAUAGGUAUUUCACCUAUCAGCUCUUACAAUGCCUGGAUAGGUAUUUCACCUAUCAGCUCUUACAAUGCCUGGAUAGGUAUUUCACCUAUCAGCUAACCACAUAUUGUUAUAGCCUGGCGAGGAGAAGCUCUGCAGACCGUGUCCUGAAGUAAUUUAGCCGCACUCUGUAGAGUUGCUAUUUUCUCAAGUUUUCUCAAUGAACUUGACAUUCCUGGAUUACUCAUUAUAUUAAUGAAGUCUGAUUCAAUCAACAAAUACGAUGGUCCAUUUUUUUUUUUUUAAGGUUAAGGGUCCAAGACUGUGUACAUAUCUGGUGGCUGUGUUGGCAAAAUCACUGCAAAUCCCAUCGUGCCAUGUAGGGAGAGGCUGCCCGUUGUCACAGUUCCAAGACCAGUCAGUAACGUCCAGCUAAACCCCUACGUCAAUGACGCCGGUGGAUCUUUAAACUGAUCUUAGGUUUGCUUUAAGUUGCAAUAAAACACGACGGAUGGUUCGAACCAGUCAUGACUAUUCAACAAAACAAUAAAUCCUUUUCAACUUUCUUUGAA